AAAAAUCCAAGAAUGCGCAGAAAGGUGAAUUCCCAAUUUCCCACUUCUCUUGCUCCGAUCAUAAAUUACACCCAAUCGAAGAUGUCUUCGAAGGCGGUGGUUUGCUCCCUUUUGGCCACCGCCCUCGUCCUGCUCAUUGUGUUGUCCAAAAAUUCAAAACCCGACGACCAUCGCAAACAUGAUGCCUUAAGUAGGCGUUUGGGUUCUCCCAUAUUUGACCCCAUUGUCGCGAAAGGCCAUAGAAAAGCUGAGGAGAAUACGUCAAGAGACACAAAAGCAGCAGCAGCAGCGGCAGCGUCAUCCAGCUAUAUUAAUGCAGCUAAAGAAGAUAUGAAAUAUUAUGACGAAGACGGGACAUUAAACUUGAGGCUAAGGUUGAUGGUUCUGUUUCCUGUUUUGGACGUGGCUCCCCAGGAUGGGAUGGUUGAUUCCAAGGAGCUGGAGGCUUGGCUUACCCAGCAAGCUGUUGAUAGAUUGGAUUACAGAACAAGGAGAGAAUUGGAGUUGCGCGAUAAAGACGGGGAUGCAUCAAUUUCUUUCUACGAGUACCUCCCUCAGUUCACCAAGGAAGACAUUGAGAGAAACGAUACGAGAUAUGGGGAAGCCGGAUGGUGGAUGGAACAAUUUAACGAUUCUGAUGUUGAUAGGAAUGGGAAUCUCAAUUUAUAUGAAUUCAGGGAUUUUCUGCAUCCAGAAGACAGCAGGAAUGAACGUAUUCAAAGGCGAUUGUUGAGAGAGAAGCUAAGGCAGAUGGAUAAAGACAAUGACCAAAGGUUGAAUUUGCUGGAAUUUGAGGUGGGGGCAUACAAUGACUACAAGUUUUACCUCGACUACGAAUCAGGAAGCGCGGCAAAUAUAUCUUCAGCAGCAGCUGUAUUUGACAAACUUGAUGUUGAUCACGACAAAUUGUUGAGAGUGGAAGAAUUGAAGCCUUUAUUCAAGUAUCUGAAACCAGGAGAAUUGGUAUAUGCUAAAUACUACACCAAUUAUUUGAUUCAGGAGGCUGACGAGAAUAGAGACGGAAAAUUGACGCUGGAUGAGAUGCUGAAUCACGAACACAUUUUCUACAACACGGUUUAUGACAAUGGGAAGCAUGAGAAUGAAUAUUACAGUUAUCAUGAUGAACUCUGAUGCAGUAGCGCCUGUGCCUGCGCUAACUCACCAACUUCCCUUGGUUCUCGAAGAUGGAGACAAGAGAGAUGUGAAAGCUGCUGCUUGGCAAACAACUUUUUUCCUAACAAAAUCCUUUGCAGCAAUUGAAUACGUGCUCUCUAUAAAGGGGCAGCGUUGCGGCGGAGAGAAGAAGAGUCCCAAGAAUUCACGAGUUCAAGGUGCUAAGAGACAAAUCAAGGAGAGCUGCCUUGACAGAACACUUGCCGGUAAACAUUUAGGUAGAUUGUUGUCGGGAGAGAGCCAUAUUAGCCAAUUGCAAAGACACUCAUCUCUGAGGUUACCAUUUUUGUUUGUUUGUUUCCUCU